AAUAUUAUUUCAGUUGCACGACAGCCGUGAACGUGUCUAUAACGAUUUUCAAGCGUGGCCACAAAGUACAAAACGUUACAAGAGAUUAAAAACAAUGAGAAGCUAAAAAUAAAUGCAAAUGAAAAUAACGGAUUGUUUUGUUUUUGUAUUGAAAAUAAAAACCAAAUCGAAUUUUCUAAAUUUUGUAAUAAAUGAGCUUGCAGGAAUAGAAAUUUUAUAAACAAUGCUGGGAAGCUGAGAAUUUAAAAGAAAAAAUAAUUGUGUGUGUGGUUUUGUGUUCGAAUGGCCUAACCCAGUAAAAUGGAAAUUUAGGUCACUUUAAGAGCACACGGAAAUGUUAGGAUUUUGUGCUACAAAAAAAAAAAAAAAAGAAACAACUGGCAAGUCAAGGGGAAAUGCAAAAAAAAUUUAAAAAUUUUUAAAAUAAAAAAAAAAUAAAAAAAUCGAAAUUUCAAGAAAAGUGUGUUGUGAUUCCAAAUACCGAAAUAUUAAUGAAAAAUUGAAAAACAAAUCGAAAAGAAAAAUUUUCAAAACCAAAGUGGCACAAAUCAGAAUUCAAGGAAAUCAACAAUUUAUUUAAAUAGGUAUUUUCUUAAAUUCCUAAAAUAAAAAAAAAAUAAUUCACUUCAAAUUCAAAGACAAAAAAAGAAAAAAAAAAUGCAAAAGGCCCGGGACAAGGAAACAACCAACAGCAGUUACAACAAAAACAACCGUAGGCAGUGCGACGACAACAAAGGCAGCUGCUCGAACAAAUGAUUACGUGUCAUCUAAAACGAAAUACAAUAACAACAAUUAGAGCUACAGCAACAACAACACGAAAAGAGAAAGUUGCAAGUAAAUUGCAUGCCAUACAAGUUUAACCUUUAAAACAGCUGUUUUUUCCAAACACACAGCAAGGGUACAACGUGAGAAGAGAGAAACGUGGAGACGAGAGAGGAGAGAGUGAGAGAAAAAAGCUUUCACAUUCUCAAGAGCGAAAAACGACACAUUCGUAACAUAUCGUGUCACAUAUGCAAGUCGUGCAGCAGGUGCAUUUGUUUUGACAAAGGAAAGAAACAAAAGCAAAAACAACAACAAAAAAGGAAAACGGAAACAAAAGGAAACAACAACAACAAUAGCAACUACAUAAUAUAACAAAAGGCAAAAAAUUUCGUACCGAAACGACGAGAGUAGGAGCAGCAACACACACACACAUUCACGUCCUUCACUGUAUCACAUCAUUUGGUUUUUGUUGCUGCUUUUGUUGUUAACGUUGUUGCACCACCAUGGAGGCUACCCCGAAAGUACAUCGUCAUCGUCCACGACGUACCGAAUCACGUCAUAGGCGAACGGAACGUCAGACGACCACAACGACAAGCAGUACCUCCGACAGCAAAUCACCUGCCCGUACCACAAAUGACAUCUUAAAUGUGGAGGCAGGUGUGGCGGGUGCGGCCACGACAUCCGAUGCCUUGAUAGCGGCCGUGGCCACACGACUCAUGCAGGAACACGAACGUCAAACCUCCACCGAAACCGUGGAUACAGUGGCCAGCGGCAGUGGCGGGGGUGGGGGUGGUGGUCACAGCUCCAGUCAAACUUCUCAGCAAACUGUGGUCCUGGUCAAUGGUCAUGCUCCCCACGAUCAGGCCACCGAAGACGAACAACCCGCUACGGAAAUGAAUCACACUGCAGCCAACGAAAACAACGACCUAACCAAACCCUCAGAGGCGGAUGCCAGUGAAUUGUGCACCGGACCGCCCGAUGGCCCCAGCAGCAGUCGCAACUCGUCGGGCGAUGCCAUGAGUCUACGCGAAACACUACAACAAUUACCUCCCACCAUUACAGCGCAUCGACAUCGUCGCACCCUCUCACCGCACUCACCCUCACGCCGUGUCCUCGAAACGGCAGCCGAUGCCUCAUUUCAUCGCGGCAUCCUAGGUUUCAUGGAUCGUGAACUGAAACAAUCCUCGCCCACACCUUCGGCUCUGAGUGCCGGUAGCGGUGGGGGUGGUGGUGGCAACGGCGGGGCUGGACGUAAACAUCAAUCGCUGUCCGAUCCAACCGCCAGUCCAGCCCAAAGGUCGGUACGUUCCCGCAGCAGUCUGGAGAAAAGUCCACGACGUAAGCGCAGUAAAUCUGAAUCGAGGCGAAGGAGAGAACGAAAACUCAUUGCGGCCGGGGAGAUGGAGGUGAGGCAGGCCAAUGAGACACUGAUGCGUUAUCUGAAGCAGUGCUCGGAAAUGAAUGAUGCCUCAUUGUCGGGCGAGUUGGAAAUCGAUCAGAGUCUGGAGGAGCGUCGAGUGCAUCGCAAAACGAAAAGUCAGCGGAACAAAAGGGGUCACAUAAUAAGCAAAUUCUAUGCAGCCAGCGGCCUCACAUCCCUGCUGAAAGAGCUGUCCGACGACAUUAUGCCAGCCGAGGGCGAGGAGAUUUACAAUCCAUUUACACCGGUCGUCUCGCCCACAGACGAUACACCUGCACACAUCGAUAAAAUGUUCAUGCAAACGUCGUCGGGAUAUCGUCCGGUGGAUCAUUGCUAUGCGAAGCAUUCGUUUAUGCGUUCCGGCGGUAUGAGUGGUCAAGUGAGUGGUGAUACUGGUGGCGGUGGUGGAGACGGCAGCGGCGGCAGUGGUGUUGGUGUCAAUGCCGGCUAUAAUCUACGCCCAAGUGGUAGUUAUGGUGAUACUCGCUGCCUGCUCGAUGGUGAAUACUAUGGUAACGAAAUCACCAGCAACAUACAAUUGGCCUGCUUGACCCAACGCAUUUGGCUGCUACUCUCGAAUAUUUGUCAUGGCCUGCUAGCUGGUCUAGCUUUGGCCCAUCUGCUAUUCGUGCUGAGCACCCAUCCCAUGGAAUGGUCCAAGGUUUUGAGUCUUGCGGGCGAGACCUCAUCCUAUGCCACACAAAUGGAGGAGGCCACAACGGCUUCAACAAUGGAGGACAUGGAGAGUUCCACACCGGUACCCGGGGGCUCGAGCACAAGUCUGGUCCGAACCGAGUAUGCAUCCUUUGCCAAUUUCUACAUCAACACCUUCUACUGUCUGGCCAUUGUGUGUAUGGUCUCGGUGCUGGAUAGAAUGGACAUUUGCCGUUGGAAUCUAUCGAAUGCCUCGGAGUUGAUAUCAUUUCGAUGGCUAAUAAUAGCCAUGAUUUACAUAGCGACAAUAAUACUGACGAUCUGUUCCGAUAACAUUGAUGAGCGACUAUAUUUUUCGAGUAAUCUGAAUGUGACGUUGACGCAAGAGGAAAUGUUAACCAACAGCAUAGUUUCAAUAUGGAGCAGUCUGUCCGUGACCCGCAGUAUUGGGGCGAUUUGUGGUUGGAUCAUGAUUGGCCUGACGCCCCACGAGGACUAUCUCUAUGAGCAUUUGUUGGAUUUGACACGCUAUCAAAUGACAAAUAAUUAAAUUCCCAUAUUAGAAAAAAAAAAAAAAAAUACAAAAACAAAAAUAGUAAACAACAAAAAACAAUCGAACUCUUUGGCAAUUGUAAAGAAGAAGAAGAAAAAAACAAAAACUAAAAACAAUAUUUAUAUAAAAUUAAUUUAAUUU